UUUUAUCGGUGCUUCACAGGCAGCCUGGCGAGUGAGGAUCUCUCUUUGGAGGAAGCGACCGCGGAGGAAGAUGAGAACGGUGCGUCUGCCGACAGGGAUCAUCGGCAUCAUCACCAUCAGGACGCGCGAAAUGCCGUUACGUCAAACGCGCCCCCCUCGAGCAGUCCGCCGUCGCGUCACCACCAAACCCAGGACGAGGCGGAUCGCUGCAACGCGCUGCAAAGUGGUGUAAUUUUAUACUCACCGCAUUCCACGUCCGCUGUGCCCGCGACGAGCGUGAAUAUCUGCAAUGUACCGACGUUGACCUAUCGCGGCGUCUUCACCACGACCUGCGCGCAGUCCUCCCCUCUGAGCAAUCUCCAGGGCGACCAGCAGCAGCAGCAACCGCAACAGCCGGGUCAGGAGCUGUGGGGGCCGUUACCGUCGCCAACCUUAACCUUGGCGGGCCAGCCGUUCCUUCACCCCAACUUACACUCAGCCGCGUACAGCGGCGAGACCGUCGAAUUGCUGCAGGUCGAUUCGAAACCACCCCCGCCGCCCGGUUAUCACGACACGGCGACUACCACCCCCGCGACCUGGCUGACGGGUCACGAGGACGCUUACGAUCCCGGUCUCCUCUCCCACCAUCAUUCUCACGCCCAUCAUCAGGAGACAACGUUGAAGCAGGAGCCGACGGGCACCGGUUACACUUCCAGCGUUCCACAGCAACCUCAGCAAGCUCAGGCGCAGGCCCAGCAACAGCAACAACAGCAAGCUCCGCCGUCUGCGGCUUGCGGUACGGGAGUCCAACUGGCCGAGUACAAUCCGAGCACGUCGAAGGGCCACGAGAUCCUUUCUCAGGUCUAUCAGCAGAGCGCUCUACCGCUCCGGUUGGUCCCCGUGAAGCCGCGCAAGUAUCCGAAUCGACCGAGCAAGACGCCGGUCCACGAGCGGCCUUACGCUUGUCCGGUGGACGGCUGCGAUCGCAGGUUCUCUCGCAGCGACGAGCUCACCCGGCACAUACGCAUCCACACCGGGCAGAAGCCGUUCCAGUGUCGCAUCUGCAUGCGCUCGUUCUCGAGGAGCGAUCACCUGACCACCCACGUGCGCACGCACACCGGCGAGAAACCGUUUUGCUGUGAUCAGUGCGGCCGAAAGUUUGCCAGGAGCGACGAGAAGAAGCGCCACGCAAAGGUACACCUCAAGCAGAGGCUGAAGCGCGAGACGUCCCACGCUAAUCCAAGAACCCAUCACCAGAGCCACGCGUCGUCACCCUGCAAUCAAUGAAUUCCAUGACAACGAUGUUGAAAAAGUCUCCCUUUAACGUUGAGAUCUCAUUACGUUUGUCACGUUCUGACAAGUUGUGAUCUAUGUCUCCCCGAUUCUAUUUCUCUUCCCUAUCCUCCUCACCGUUCCCUUAUUUCUCGCCUCUUCUCUUUCCCCGACCAUCGCUCGCUCUCUCUCUCUCUCUCUCUCCUUUCCUGCAUCUCUCAUGAUGACCGAUGAGGAAAUCGCGGAAAUCUUUAGGCGGUCAAAACUGAUCCGUCGCUGACUGAUCCGUCAUUUAUCGUCGGUCCAUUAACUCUUUAUAUUAUCUUAAGGAUAUAGCUGGAUACAAAUUAAUUGAAUCUCACGAGCAGCACAAGACAAAUUCUUUCCGCUAUCUAAUAAACAAUUUGCUCAUUCUGAAAGUUAUCAUGUGAAGGAAGAAAGAAUUAAAUGUCGUAUAUGUAAUUCUUAUCAUUCGCGAGAGGACGAUUAACUUCAUAUAUUUUAAAAUAAAACGAGAAUAAGAAUACGAUUUUCUCAUUGUACAUACGAAGAUAACGUUUCUUGCGUCAUAGCGAAAAAUCGAAGUACUUAAAAUAUCCUACACACAAUCUGUGCGAUCAUUGAAAACGGACUCGCAGUUGAAUGGAAGCAACCACAAUGACAUGGAAGUUAAUCGUCCGAUUAUAAAAAAAAAAAAAAUCCCAUUAAUAGAAAAACGACAGACGUUAUUCCGCUUUACAUGUACUUCGUGUUUUAGCUUGUAUCCAGACACAUAUACGAAAUAUGAAUUAUCUCUCUCUCUUUCUUUCCCCUCCUCGCGAUAUUCGGCAGCAUAUCUAGAUACCAUUGAGCGUGGCAAGAGCAUUUUCGUGCAAUUGUAUAACACGAAAUCGAUACCAUCUGCAGCUUCCGGGAAUCGUAGAGCGAAGCGGAAGAUAGACAGAUAGAGAGAAAGAGAGAGAGAGAGAGUGAGCGAAAGAGAGGGAGAAACGAGAGAAGGGAUGGGGGGUGGGAUGAGGAGGAGCAAUGCGUCUCGUUGCAUGCGAACGACUGUGCGAGAAUGUAAUGCCACGUAAGACGAUAAAGUGUUAUGUAUCGACUCGUUCCAUGGUCAAUAUGAGAGAAGCGGGACUCAAUGUUUAAGAUCAUAUAUUUCGUUCCCUACCCCGUCCCCCACCCCCCUCACGUUAAGAGUGCAAUUUAAAAGACUCACGCGGUUCGAGUGCAAUUCCCAUGAAAUUCAUAUUUCUAUGGAGCUGUAUACUUGUAGGUAGGUCUGUGCACAAGGAUUGUUGACAAGCUUCGCGGCAACGGAAAUAGAGAUAUUUUUUUAUUAAGUAUAUUGUACAUAACUAUGAUUCACACACUGAAUCUCUCUCUCUUUCUCUCUCAUACGCAAAAUACGAAAAAAAAGUAAACGGUCAAGACAAAAAGUAUUUAUUUUUGAAAAAGAUUUUACGGAAUUGCGUUAGAAAAUGUUUAGGUGCUAAAAAAAAGGGAAAAAAGAGAAGUUCCUCUCUUCUUGCGAUAAGAUGUUGUUAAGAAACUUAGUUUCGACGAUUGUUAAAUUUUUCCCGAAGCUACGUUUCCCCGCCGGAGAAAUUGUGCAAUGUAUUUUCAUAAAUUUUCCCCGUCAAGUUUUAAUUUCGUAGCAGCGUCAGCAGCGAUAUAGCGCUUCUUUCCCCACCACCCUCCACCCCUUUUUUAAACCGUUCCCGUUGCCCUUACACCUGCGUUCGCGCGCUGUAUUUUCUUCGUGCUCCGAACACGCUAAAUCUCGGCUGUCUCCCGUCAAAUACUUCCAAUUCGCUAUCAUUCUUUCGCCUCCCCUCACCUCCCCCUCCUUCCCUCUCCCGCAUUACUGUAAAAAAAUUCCACGAAUAAUUGUAAUUAAACGUGAUUAUCAUUGUUAAAAGAAAUAUUUCUUGUACAUAUGUAUAUAACUUAUUAUACAUAAUUGCUGUAUGUAUGUAAAAUCUAACGUUCUCUUGCCAUUUUCCCUUCCCACCCCCUCUUCCCAUUCGCCCCUUUCUUUUCUUUUCUUCAUUUCGCAUUAUUAUCCCGUACGUGUAUACAUAUAUUUAGCAAUUGUUAAUGUUAUGUAUAUGUUGCUCUAUUUAUUAACAAGAUGACUAUAUCAAAUGAAUAUAUUGUUAAAGUUAAAUAAUUAUUUUUAUUAUUGUAACGACUCUAUUCUGGCGUGCAAAUGCGUUGCAACAACAUGACAGAAGUGACAUGGUGUCCAAGCUUGUAUGAAUUAUAAACGUUUAAGUCGCAUAUGCGUACACGCACGUACACAUACAUACACCCACAUUUAGAUACACGAAACAAACACGCACACACACACACACACACACGUCAUAUGCGAACGUGAUGAUACGCACUACAUAAAUUGUAAAUGCAAUGUAAUGCAAGCGCGUCCCCGAGAAAAUACUUUUUUUACAGAUAGUAUUAUCCUAUCGCUAGAUAAAUUAUAUGUAAUUAUUAUACAUAUUGCGCUCCGAGUGCAAUGCACAUAACAAAAGCUCUCAGCUACCUGUAUAUUCGUGUUGUCAUCAUCGCCCCUGCAUAUGCUUCUCUUUGCAAAGCGGGUAACGCGAACAAUCUUGCAACAAUUAUUAACAGAAAUACAAUUAACAUAUUGACUCGA